CUGCCAAUAACUCUGCCAGCAACUCCUCCUUCUGCACUCAGAGCUGCUGCCCGAGGGUGCAGCGCAGGGGCCCCUGCACGACGGCCUUGCUGCCAGACUUCACGGGUCCCCUCCCCUGGGGCUGAUCAUUAACCCAGAGGCAGUAUAAGGAGCGAGUGGCCUGGGCGGGAGGCACGCAUCACCACUGCCGCCAUGGACAGUAGCACCUGGAGCCCCGCGACCACGGCCACCACCGCCGAGCCCCUAAAGUCCUACGAGCGCAUCCGCAAUGCGGCCGACAUCUCUGUCAUCGUCAUCUACUUCGUGGUGGUGAUGGUUGUAGGGCUGUGGGCUAUGUUCUCCACUAACCGUGGGACCGUCGGAGGCUUCUUCCUGGCAGGACGAAGUAUGGUGUGGUGGCCGAUUGGAGCCUCUCUGUUUGCCAGUAACAUCGGAAGCGGUCACUUUGUGGGGCUGGCUGGGACAGGAGCAGCUGCAGGCAUCGCCACUGGGGGCUUUGAGUGGAACGCUCUCAUUAUUGUGGUUGUGCUGGGCUGGUUGUUUGUUCCCAUUUACAUUAGGGCAGGGGUGGUGACGAUGCCAGAGUACCUGCGGAAGCGAUUUGGAGGCAAGCGAAUCCAGGUCUACCUCUCCAUUCUGUCCCUGUUGCUCUACAUUUUCACCAAGAUCUCGGCAGACAUCUUCUCUGGGGCCAUAUUCAUCAACUUGGCCUUGGGCCUGGAUCUGUACCUGGCCAUCUUUCUCUUACUGCUAAUCACUGGCCUUUACACAGUCACAGGGGGCCUCGCAGCUGUGAUUUACACGGACACCUUGCAGACGGUGAUCAUGCUCGUGGGGUCUUUAAUCCUGACUGGCUUCGCUUUUCACGAAGUGGGAGGGUAUGACGCCUUCGUGAAAAAAUACAUGAAUGCCACUCCAACUGUGGUUUCUGAUGGAAACAUCACCAUCAAGGAAGAGUGUUACAUCCCGAGGGCCGACUCCUUCCACAUCUUCCGGGAUCCGCUCAAGGGAGACCUGCCAUGGCCCGGGCUCAUCUUUGGACUGUCCAUCCUUGCUCUGUGGUACUGGUGCACAGAUCAGGUCAUUGUGCAGCGCUGCCUCUCAGCCAAAAGCAUGUCACACGUGAAGGCCGGCUGCAUCAUGUGUGGGUACCUGAAGCUGCUGCCCAUGUUCCUCAUGGUGAUGCCGGGGAUGAUCAGCCGCAUCCUGUACACAGACAAAGUUGCCUGCACCGUCCCCUCAGAAUGUGAGAAAUAUUGCGGCACCAAGGUUGGCUGUACGAACAUCGCCUACCCGACCUUGGUGGUGGAGCUCAUGCCCAAUGGACUGCGAGGCCUGAUGCUGUCGGUCAUGUUGGCCUCUCUGAUGAGCUCCCUGACCUCCAUCUUCAACAGUGCCAGCACCCUCUUCACCAUGGACAUCUACACAAAGGUCCGGAAGAGAGCGUCUGAGAAAGAGCUCAUGAUUGCAGGAAGAUUGUUCAUCCUGGUGCUGAUUGGCAUCAGCAUCGCCUGGGUGCCCAUUGUGCAGUCAGCACAAAGUGGGCAGCUCUUCGACUACAUCCAGUCCAUCACCAGUUACUUGGGACCACCCAUUGCGGCUGUCUUCCUGCUUGCUAUUUUCUGCAAGAGAGUCAAUGAGCAGGGAGCCUUUUGGGGACUGAUCAUAGGAUUUUUGAUCGGGGUGUCCCGUAUGAUAACCGAGUUUGCCUAUGGAACCGGGAGCUGCAUGGAGCCCAGCAACUGUCCCAAGAUUAUCUGUGGUGUGCACUACUUGUACUUUGCCAUCAUCCUCUUUGUCAUUUCGAUCAUCAUCAUCCUGGCUGUCUCCCUUUUCUCCAAGCCCAUUCCAGAUGUGCAUCUCUACCGCCUGUGUUGGAGCCUGCGUAACAGCAAAGAGGAGCGUAUUGAUCUGGAUGCAGAAGAGGAGGACAUUCAGGAAGCCCCAGAGGAGACCAUUGAAAUAGAAGUUCCUGAGGAGAAAAAAGGAUGCUUCAGGAAGGCCUAUGACCUGUUUUGUGGCCUGGACCAGCAGAAGGGCCCCAAAAUGACAAAGGAGGAGGAGGCAGCCUUGAAGCUGAAGAUGACAGACACGUCGGAGAAGCCUCUGUGGCGGAUGGUAGUGAACAUCAACGGCAUCAUCCUGCUGGCCGUGGCUGUCUUCUGCCAUGCAUAUUUUGCCUGAGUCCUGCCUUCUGCUGCAGGCUGUGCUUCUGAAGGCUGGACUCUUUACUAUCUCCCUUUAGUUACAUUCUGUGGUGCUGAAGGGCCACCAGCCAGUUGUAAAUUUUGUCUAGUUGAUGAAUGUGUACAUUUGUAAUUACAGGCUAGCUGCAGAAAAAUCAGUGAUUUGCUGUUAACUUAUGUGUUUGAGGCCAGUGUCAUACAGUCAUCUGUACGUGUCAGAGCUGCAGAGGGAAGUCCACUUAAUCUGAUGUCUAGGAAAAGGCAGAUUAAGAAGCUGAAGCCCUGUGAUGUCUGAUGCAAGUUUGUCUCAGGUAGAUUCAGCAUGUCAACAUUGCUUGUCAUCCUUGAAUAUUAUUGAACAGUUGCGGUCUCCCUGGUUCCUGCCACUUUCCCUAUCUAACCACCCACCUCAUCUUUUUUUAAAAGAAAAAAAGUUCCCUCCUCAUAAUAGCAUGUCAAAUUUUCCCUGGCACAAGAAAAAUGUAUCUGAUAAACUGAGGAAUACAUUGAAGCUGAGGAUGGGAGCUUGAUAGGGUCCCUGUCCUGGGUGUUUGCUUUCUGAAAGAGAGGCCUUGGGGUGGCAGUACUUACCAAAGGGAAGGACCCAGGUGCCAGCCUCAGGCCAACAGGGAAAGCAGAUAAUCUUGAGUCAAGGGGGCUUUCUGGUUUUCUAAAAAUGUCCACUGUUAAUUUCUCGGGUUUGAGAUUUUAUUCAUUUUGGCAUUUGCUGUGUCUGGAAUGUCUUAGCCACUCAGUAGUGUUUGUGGAUCGAAUGAAUGAUAAAAGCAUUUGUUUAUAAAUGCUUGCUUUAUUUUUGGUUAACCUUUUCUUAUGGAUGCACAGAGUACACACUCUGGUGACUGUAAUGAAUUGGGCAUUUCCAGAGGCUCCUAUUCCUUAUGGUGCUGACAUUGAUAUACACACAGGCUUAGAAGCUGACUCUGUGUCAUGUAACAGAGCAGAUAGGCCUCUAGGGGGCUUCUGUCAUCUCAGAGCAGCUGCAUUCUCCUGAAACGUUUAGCCCGAGAUUCUCCCCGCUGUGAGCUCACGUGACCACAGCUCUUCCUUUCUGAGGUGUCUUCUUGAUUGGUGAUCGUCCAUCGACCUAGGAUAGGGUGGGUGGUCUCUGUUCCAGGUGGCAGUGCUCAACACUUUUAUUUCUUGUGAAAUCUGUUUCUUAGGAGGAAAUUUUUAAAAUUAAAAUUAAAUUUAAUGAAUUUAAUUCUUUUAAUUCCAACUGAGAAAUAGUAAUCAUAUUGUGUAAUAUAAUCCUGUGGAAGUCAUGAUAUCAGUAUUGACUGCUUUCAGCCUAGUUUAGGAAGGAGCUAGGAUCAGAGGUUCUGUGGAGCUGAGAGUGGUUCCUUGGGUGUAAAAAUGAUUCAACAGGUAAAGAAUGGCUUGUUCUUGUGAAAAGAAAAGAAAAUAUUUUAUGUGCCCUCAUGUUCCCCUUAAGCUAGGCAGAGAAGAGGGAAAAGUAGAGAGUUUCUCAUGGCCAGCAUUACUUGGAGCACUGAGUUUUGUGUGGAAUUUGUGAUAUUUUUGAGCUUUGAGAGGACAAAGGGAGAGGACUGAAAGCUGAUGGAUGGAGCAGGCAUGAAAUAUGAAAUAUCUAGAUUGUCCUAGAUUCUGUUUCUGACUUUGUCAAUGAUUCAGUGCAUCUAUGUGGUAAAUUAUUUGGUCUAAACUGUAUUUUUCUCUUUGAAAAAUGGGGACUCUGGUGCUUAUAGCAUCUACUACCUCCUCUGAGUGUGAGCAGGUACUUUGAAAAGGGGAUGGGAGAUAUAUACAUGAAAGAUGACAAACAGAUGUUGUAUUAAGCUACGGUUAGUCCCAUAUAUUAAAAUUUGUUACUUUGGUAAAAAAUAAAACCAUUAAAAAACCCCCAUAA